GUCGUCGGUACGUCAGAUCGCGAGCCAUCGACCGAGGGAGAAAUGAGUGCGUCGGCGGGCGGGCUGCGGCGCCUCCUGGCGGCGGCGGCGACGGCGGGGGCCGCGGAGGCGCGGGCGGCCAUCUUCGGCCAUGCGCUGAACCCGACGGGGAAGCGCGCGGCCACGAAGCUGCUGCGGAAGAAGAUGGUCGGCGACCAGGUCGCGCAGUGGUACCCCUACGACAUCAAGCGCGACGACCCGCUCGUCAUGGCGCGCGAGGAGAAGGAGCGUCUGUCCAAGCUGGAAAUGUUGAAACGUCGUGGCAAGGGUCCGCCCAAGAAGGGCCAGGGCAGGCGUGCGGUCAAGAGGAGCAAAUAAUCGCCACACUGAUGCCCAGUUCUAUUUCAGGCGUUUGCCUUGUUUGAAUGCUGUAACGUUUCUUGGGUGACCCAUAGAUGAAGAAACCAUCAUUGUUUGCUUAGUCUAGUCUACGCCUGAUUUUCAAUGGAACUGCCUUCUAUAGUUCUAUGUUUGAAGAAUGAUGUGCUUCAAUUGAAGUCAUGAUGCAAAA